AUUAUAAUUGUUGACAGAAAUGUCUAAGCCCUGUGUGGUAGUUUUUGGAUAUGUUUUACUCUUAUUUCAAGGUAUUUUGACAAUACAACUCAAAUUUUAUACUGCAUGUAAUGGGAACACAGGGCUGGAAAAUUCCCUUCAACCUUCUUGUGCGAUUGGAGAGAAAAUAGCCGUCGUUGGUGUUUAUGCCUUUGCGAAGGAAUUGAGUACAUCAUGUCCUACAGAGAUCACCUUAUUUAAUGCUGCAGUAACACCAGAUACCUGCUGUCAAUACGAUUCAAACGAUUGUUAUAUACUUUAUGUCGGAUCGACCUACAGAAGUUACUAUCAGCUAUGUAACGGGAACGCUUUAUGUAAUAUACAAGUAGCGUCGGUAACAACAACUUGUAAUCAGUAUGUGUAUUUAGCAAGAACUAAUUAUAUGACGUUAUACUACUACUGUAUUUCCGAUCAAGGUCUAGAUCCUUGCACAAGUUUAAACACAAAAGACAACGUAGUUUUCCUCUUGAACUCUGGAUAUCCAUUACCUUUAUCGGGAUUGUCAACCUGCACAUGUUCUUUAGAAGCUUCAUGUGCCUCUAGAAUAAGGGUAAGAGCUAUAGAUCUUAGGCUUGGUACCAGCACAGCUUGUGACCAAAGUAUAACAAUAACAGAUGACAGCACAGUAAUGGUAUUUGAUUGUAGUGAUAACAAUGAUUACCUACCUACCACAUUGUAUAUCAGUACCUCUCAUUUCAUACAGAUACAGAUUGUUGAUAACUUAUGGAUGAUUGAUGGGUAUUAUUUCAUCUUACUUGAAGGAAUUUCAUCCGGCGCAGAACUAACAUUAUCUUGUGGAAGUAAAGCAAGAAAUACACCUACAGUACCUUUCACUAGUUUACCAGACUGUCACAGUACUGAUGUCACAACAGAGAGAAUAACAACGCCAAUCGUCACAACAGACAUUACAACAACGCCAAUCGUCACAAUAGACAGAACAACGACGCCAAUCGUCACAACAGACAGUACAACGACGCCAAUCGUCACUACUACAGAGACUUACGCUAGUUCAGAGGCUGCGAUAACUUCUUUUCAAAGUACCUAUGUCGAAUCAAUGACAACUUCUAUCAUUGCUGGUGCAGACACUACAACUGACGCCACCACAGCUGAAUCCACCAAUGAGAGAACAACAUUAUAUAAACAAGAAACUUAUACUUCAGCCGACCAAAAUUUGCCCUUAUCUGGAUUGACCUCAACAGAAAAAAAAAUGAUUGAUAAUGGAACUUUAACAACAAUAUCUUCAGCCAGUGAGAGUCUUCAAGAGACUCCUUCUAUUGUUCCCAUGCAAACAACAGAAAAAAAUGUGACAGUUACUGAGGAACAAUCGUCUCCAACUAGUAUCGGGUCUUUGAUUAUUGGAGUUACCGCUGCAAUUAUUUUAAAGUGUGCAUUGGUUAUAUUGCUCAUGGUCUACAGAUAUAAGAUAAAAAAAAAGUGUGGAAAAAAGAAGGUUUCUUCCAUAAUUGACGAAGAAGAUAUUGAAAACAUACCUUGUCAAAUUGCACCUUUAAAUCACUGUUUUACGGAAAGACAUCAAAGAACUCUUGAUGGAAAUGAACAUCUGAAAAUAUAACUAAAAGUAAAAAGAUCUGAUAUUAUAGUAAAUAAACAAAUUCCCAAAGAGCAAUAUAAAAGAUCAGGAGUUGUUGUUGAAAGAGAACAUAUAAAGCCAAGAUCUUUUAAAAGGAGUAGGUUUCUCGUGUCAGCAUGAAUUGUUUGUUUGGAUAUACAUACAGCAUAAAUAUUACUCAUCAUUAGUGCCAUUAUGAGAAAGUCGUAAGGAUCAAUAUUGUAGUAGAUGUUAGUUAAUCUAUUGGUGUGUUACAUCGUUAAAUGUCUGAUAUAAUAAUUAUAACUGAUAUUUAUCUAUUUUGCAUUAUUUUUAUAUGUUUGUUUUUUAACAAAUAAAAAAUCAGAACACGU